AUGGGCGUGGCCCUCUCGCUGCCUUUCCUCGGCGGAGGUCUGGCUUCGGUCGCAAGCUCCUGUCUGGCAGGACUCGCGUGCUUCUGUACCAGCACCGCCGCUUCGGCCAUGUUCAAGUCGUGCAAUUGCCAGUCAUCGAUCGCGACGCGUGUAGGCUUUGCUAUCAUUUUCUGCCUUGAUGCACUGUUUGCAUGGCUCAGUCUCACCGGGUUCAUGAUGCACAAGAUCGAAGAGUGGUCGUACAAUUACAUCAAGAUGGACUGCAAAGAUAAGGAUCGCUGCUACGGCGUUCUUGCCGUGCAUCGUAUUACGUUUGCGCUGUCGCUCUUCCAUUUCAUCCUCGGAAUGCUGCUCAUUGGCGUGAAGGACACACGCACCAAGCGAGCCGCCAUUCAGAACGGCUGGUGGGGGCCCAAGGUGCUGCUCUGGCUGCUCUUGACGCUAUUGAUGUUCUUCAUCCCGAACGGCUUCUUCGUCUUCUGGGCCAACUACUUUUCGCUCAUCUUUGCGUCCAUCUUUAUUGUUGUCGGCUUGGUGCUGCUGGUUGACUUUGCGCACUCUUGGUCCGAGACCUGCUUGGACAAAUGGGAGCAAACCGAAUCGGAUUUCUGGAAGUUCACCCUGAUUGGAAGCACCCUCGGCAUGUACGCGGCUGCGAUCGCCCUCACAGGAGUGCUGUACGGCUUUUUCGCCUCGAGCGGAUGCUCGCUCAACCAGUUCUUUAUCAGCUUCAACUUGGCGCUCAUUGUCGUCCUGACGGUACUCUCUAUCAGCCCACAGGUGCAGGAAGCCAACCCUAGGAGCGGUCUGGCGCAGAGUAGUAUGGUCGCAGCCUACUGCACCUACUUGAUCGCGUCGGCUGUGAUGAACCGCGACAACGCCGAGUGCAACCCCAUCACGCGCGGACGCGGUGGUAGUGCCAAGACCACCACCGUUGUGCUCGGCGCCAUCUUCACGUUCCUUGCGAUCGCCUACUCAACUUCACGAGCCGCUACCCAGUCCAAGACGCUGGUGGGCAAACGACGUGCUGCACUCAACGAGAGUCGACCCCCGUCUGGGUAUGGGCCGCUGGCAACGCGCGAGUCGCUUGACAACUCUUCGGGCGCCAUUGUCACAGACCAGCCCACGAAGAAGGACUCGCUGCGCAUCCAGGCGUUGAUGGCGGCGGUCGAAGCAGGCGCCAUCCCGGCAUCGGCUCUGGACGAAGAAGACGACGACGACGACGAGAUGGAGACCCGAUCCGAACUCGGCAUGGGAGGCGACGAGGACGACGACGAACGUCAGGGAACACGCUACAACUAUAGCUUCUUCCACUUUGUCUUUGCGAUUGCCGCAUGCUACACGGCGAUGCUACUGACCGAUUGGCGCUUUGUGAGGCUAGGUGGACCGUCGCCUGAUCCAAGCGAGGACGGCGCGCCGAUUGCGUACAUUGGCCGGAGCACGACCGCGAUGUGGAUGCGUGUGGUCAGCAGCUGGCUCUGCAUCUGCAUCUAUACUUGGAGUCUUGUUGCUCCUGUUCUUCUUCCGGAUCGAUUUGGCUACGAUUGA